CGUGGCUUGCCGUGAGCUGUCCAACCUCUCGGCCAUCUCCACACCCACACCCUCACCACACACGCACAUCAUGUCCUUCGACUUUGGCUCCUCCGCGCCCGAGUCCGACCCGACUGCCGACUUCCUGGCGCGCGAGCGGGCCGCCGCCGGCGCGCUCUCGGGCGACGCCGAGCUCUUCGGCGCGGCGGGCGCCGCGUCGGGCGGCGACAAGGACUUCAGCAGCGGCGCAUCCGCCUUCCCGGCGCUCGACGGCGACGACUCGGCGCCUGCCUCUGCGGCGCCUGCCGCGGCGCCCGCGCCCGACUUUGGCAGCUUUGGCGACGACGACGAUCUGAUGGGCGGCGGCGGCGGUGCGCCCAGUGGAAGCGCGCCGCCCCCGCAGCAGCUCGACGAGCGGGACCAGUUCGAGCAGAACUUCCCCGACCUCGCCGAGCCUGAGCCGGAGCCGGUGCCGCAGCAGACGAACGGCCACAUGGCACCGCCGAUCGCCUCGAACAUCUCGCGCCCGGCGCCGUCUGCCUCGUACGGCAUCGCCGCGGACCCGUACGCCACCGAGAGCGGCGAGGAGCCCGAGGCCGUGCGGGAAUGGCGCGCGCGCCAGGCCGACGACAUUGCGCGGCGCGACGCAGAGGCGGAGCGCAAGAAGGCAGAGACGGUCUCCAAGGCCGAGCGCGACAUUGACCAAUUCUACGCCGAGUACAACCAGAAGAAGGAGAAGAACAUCGCGGCCAACAAGGAGGCAGAGGCCAAGUUCCACGCCUCUCGGCAGGCCGAGCUGGCCGAAGGCACGACGUGGGCGCGCGUCACGAAGCUCGUGGACCUGCAGAACUCGCAGAGCAAGACGACGGCGCGCGGCGGACCGGGCGCCAGCGACCUGACGCGGUAUAAGGAGAUCCUGCUGAGCCUGAGACGCGAGGGCGACACGGCGCCCGCAGCGGCUGGCUACUAGGAAGCUUCCGCACGCUGCUGCCAUGCCAAGGCAACGCAGGCUUGCGCCACCUUCCUCGAGCGCGACUGGCUCGGGCUGGGAUAGGUGGAGAGGAGGGACUCUGAUGAGACUGGAAUGAUCACGAUUUGACGCUCGAGCCGAGGCGACGAGGCGCAAUGGUUGAGAGCGACGGGGCUGGAGUGCUAUGUAGAUGUACAGAUGAAGAUGCGGGGCGCGAGACAAGG